AUGGCAGUUUUGAUGGAUCUGCAUAAACCGGUUAAGGAAAAAACAAUGAAAGUUGUUGACAAAAAGAUAUAUUUGCUUACCCAUGAGUUAAAAUUGGCGAAAGAGUUGGCUGCAAACGAUGAGAGUACAAGAAAAAAAACUCUGAAGAACCUCAAAAAAUGGUUUACAAAAAGGUCAGGAAUUGUACCAUUCACUGAAGAAGAUUUCCAGGUAAUAUGGAAGGGAUUGUUUUAUUGCAUGUGGAUGUCUGAUAAGCCAUUAGUCCAGGAAGAAUGUGCUGAUACCAUUACCAAGCUUAUCCAUUUACCUACAGUAGAUGCGUCACUUCUCUUCUUCAAGGCUGGUCUUAUCAUACUCAUCAAUGAGUGGUUUGGAAUAGACCAGCUGCGCCUUGAUAAAUUUCUGAUGUUAGUGAGAAGACUUCUAAGAGAAAUGUUGAUUGUCUUGAGAAAUUCUAAGUUCAGGAGACCACUUGUUGUUCAAUUCAGUGAUGCUCUAUCUCAAACUAUUCUCAGUACCACUGUUAAACAGCCUAUAGGGCUCUUUAUGCAUUUCACAGAAAUUUUUUUAGAGGAACUUGCCAAAGUUUCUAGAGGGCAGAUCCACAAUGAUCGUUUAGUAGAGAUACUAUGCCCAUUUAUCAUGAAUAUGACUGCCUCAAAUGAUGGACGUCAUUUAGGCUAUUUAAGAAAACACAUUUUUACAUACCUGAUAAGACAGUCAAAUUUGGGUCUUGAAUAUCAAGAAAAAUAUGAUGCUUGGAAAGCCCAAGGUUUCCCUGGAAGUAUUGCUUCCAUGCAAAAAAUCACCUUGGAUGAAGAUGAAAGAAUGUCUUCAGAUGAUGAAGAUGAAACCUCUGAAAAUAGACUGGAAAAUACUUUGGAUCCUAGAGCUGGUAGAGUUAAUGUUGAAUUACCUCAGAUCAAAUUCAAUCCAAAAAGCAUUGUAGCUGCACUUUCUGAAUCAAAAUUCCAUAAAAAUAGUACAACACAAUCAAGAAAAAUUAUUAAUGUACUGAUUGAACAGUUCACUAAAUUAGCUAAUGGGGAAUAUCCAUUAGGAAUCAAGAAAAUUGAGAGGAGUGACAUGAAUCAACCUGAUACCAAUAUAAGGAAAGCAGCAAAUAGGCUUAUAAAAUUUGAGCAAAAACUGUUGGGGAAGAAUAAAAAACGAAAACAUGAUAAAGAGAAUGAUGAUGAAAUCCAAGGAAAACUGAGGAAAAUUGAUGACAAAUCCAAAAAUAAAAAAAAGAUGAAAGAGUUGAACAUCAAUGAAGCUGUUGAGAAAACUAAUAAUUUGAGGAAAACUACAACCAGCAAAAAAUUGUCUAAGGAAAAAAACACCAUCAAAGCUACAAAAAAAUCUAAAAACCAUUUAACUAAAGGUGUAAAACAAUCAGUAAAGAUCAAGAAUCGAAAUGGACACUUGCCUGAUAAUGAUAAUAUAGAAUGUGUUUUUGAGAGAAAUUCUGGGACUUGGGUGGUGUUUGAAGUUGACAAGGAAAUUAAUAAAAAUCAGGCAAUUUCAGCACUUUCAGUUAUGCCUGAUAAGUCAUCAAAGGUAGAACCACCAAGUAAUUCAGGAUAUUCCAACAGUUCUGAUUUCAAACCAGAAGUAAUUCAAGUUAUAGGUUCCCCAAAAAAAAUUGAAGAUACUAAUAAUUUGACAGAGAGCUCCAAGAAUUCACCCAAGAGUAAAUCUACUAGGAAAAGUAUAAAACCAUUUCCUAAAUCAAGUUGGGAUGAACCACUCAAAGAGGGUGAAUAUGAAGUAUUUAUACAUGCCAAAAAACAUUUGAAAAAACUGAAUAAAUCAGCCUCCCAACAGAAUAAACACAGUAACACUCCUCUGAAAUCCAUAAAGGGAAAGUCUAGGUUGAGCCUGGAAUCCGGUUUAGUUAAGAAUCCUUUUUCUAUGACAAGUACUCCAAGCAGUUCCACAAAGAAGGUUAAAAUCAAUAUGCAACUGAAUAAGUCACAAGAGAUACAUGAACAUGAAGCACAAAUUUUGAGUUCUCCUGGCAUUCCCUAUGAUGCCAGUAGGAAACCUUCCAAGCCAUUAUUGAAAGCAAGUAUGACACCAUCCCCAUUGAAUCCAUUUUACAAGAAACAAUUGUUUUAA